GUCAUGAUUUUUUGCAAAUCUUGUUGAUUCGAGUUGUUUUGUUAGUAAAUGAUAUUAGUUUUUUUUGUAUUAGAAAUUUGUGUGUGUUAAAAUUAUUCUAUUUUGUCUUUGUAAAUGAUUGUCGUAAAAUUAAGAAAAGUAAAGAGGCGGGAUAAUGGAAUAAAUUAGAAAAGAAGUUGAAAAGAUUUUCGCACAAAAGAAUAAACGCAACAAAGUGAGUGGUGUGCAAAACUACAGCCAGCAAUCAACAACAACAAAACAAAAAACACCGACCGACUUAAGAACAAAAAAAAAAAGAAAAUAACAAAUGAUGUGAUAUAAAAAAGUGUCUUGUAAUUAUAAAAAAGAAAAAAAACAACAAAAGAAGAAACGAAAUAGAAAUUUGAUCUCUGUUUUAUUAAAAAGGUUGCUAAAGUUCUGUGUCAAAAUGUCAAAUUCUUCUGCUAUCGGUGAAUCCUUGGAUCCAAAAUCCACGGAAACACUAGAUUCUGAAAAUAUCCCCACCGCAGCGGCAAGCAAUACAGACACCACCAAAAACCAAGAAGAGGACGUAAUGGCUACCCCAGAAAACGUCAAAAACUCCAGCAACGUUCAUAAAAGAUACUGUGCCGAUAUGUCCUUGACAGAAGUAAAGAAUCUCGAUUGCCUUUUGGUGGCGGAUACUUGUAUGGAGUGUGUAUGCCAGCCAUUGGAAAAUCUACUACAACACUUGGAAGGCUCAAAACCCAGCCAGGCAGAAUUAAUCUUCAUACUGGUUUACGCUGUGGCAUUAGAAUCUGGAUUUGUGAGCCUCAAAACCUUGCAAAGCAAUAAAAGUAUGAUAAAAUACUUGCCUGCCACCUCUUCAUAUCAUUCCAAAAAUGUAUUAUGCCUAAGUUUAUUACCGCCACUUUAUAUAAAGUCAGAAGGUUUGGAAAGAUUUUCUCUGAAACUGCGCUCGUUAAUCGAUGUGGAGAUGCAAACGGAAGAAGAUGUAUUUUCACUACUUGUUGGAUUUGUUUGUGGAGAUUAUAUAAUCCUGACCCUCUCGCCAUCGAAUUCAACCGGAGCCAAUGGAUUUAGUGUGGCCCUACCCAUAGGUCGUUAUGUGUUGUCCAUGCAUUCGAAAAACAAGCCAGUGUUCCAACGUUUUCGCAAGCUGCAUGAACUUUCAUUGGUGUUGCGUGACAAACUCUUCACACCCAUGCGCAACCAACAUUUAUGCAGACUGGAAGCUGUUAUAUAUCCUUCGCUGAAUGGUAUGCCACCAGAACUCUAUGACAAUAUACUGAAAUACCUGAGCUAUAAUCAAUUGAAGAUUUUGGCCAACGUCAACAAAACAUUGUACAAUACGACUGUGUGCAGCAAGCACAUGUUGAAAUACCUGCAGCAGAGUACCAGCCCAAGAGCAAUAGCUUCAAGAAGUCACUGCAGAUAGUUAGAGUCAGAAGCCAAUGGACAACAGGAAAUAGGUUUUUAAAUUUUGGCUUAUGUUAAAAUAUUCGAAUAUAUAAAAUAAAUCUCUCACUAUGGCUCGGUAAA